UUUCAGCCUGCAGGAAAUUCAUCAACAGAAGAAACUCAAACAAACAUGGCGGAAAGUGAAGGCAGUGGAUCUACAGAGAAAUCUUCCAAGAAUGAAAACAUGGAGAAUCCUUCACCUGAAGACCGGGACCUGAAAAGCGUCCUGGUCACCAGUGUGUUAAACCUGGAGAAGCUGGACGUGGACCUUUACAGAGGGACACACCACUGGGUGCCUCGAAGCCAACGCCUGUUUGGGGGUCAGAUAGUCGGCCAGGCGCUCGUAGCUGCUGCCAAAUCUGUGAGCGAUAAUCUCUUUGCCCAUUCUCUCCACUGCUACUUUGUACGAGCAGGGGACCCUAAGGUGCCAGUGCUGUACCAGGUGGAACGUACAAGAGACGGUCGCAGUUUCACUGUACGCUCUGUGAAGGCCAUUCAGCAUGGGCAGCCAAUUCUUAUCUGCCAAGCGUCCUUCCACAUGCUGCAACCCAGUCCCCUGCAACACCAGUUCACCAUGCCCACAGUGCCCCCACCCGAAGACCUGCUCACUGUGGAGGAAAUCAUUCACCUGUACCUCAGCAAACCAGACCUGGCAGAAAAUGCGAAACAAGGCCUGAACAAAAUUCUGGCUAAUGAGGUUCCCAUUGAAAUAAAGCCGGUCAACCCUCCGCACUUUUACAGACUGUUUGCAGCUGAGCCCAAGAAGUUGUUCUGGGUGCGAGCACGAGGACAUAUAGGUGAAGGCAACAUGAAGCUGCAUUGUUGCGUUGCUGCCUACGUGUCAGACUUUGCUUUCCUGGGCACAGCCCUGCUGCCUUAUCCCAACUACAGAGCCAAGUUCUCCGCCUCCCUGGACCACGCCAUGUGGUUCCACAGCACUUUCCGCAGUGAUGAGUGGAUGUUGUACGAGUGUGAGAGCCCAUGGGCAGGGGGCAGCAGGGGGCUGGUUCAGGGCCGACUCUGGAGAAGAGAUGGGGUGCUGGCUGCCUCUUGUUCCCAGGAAGGUGUCCUGAGAGUGAAACCAGGCACAGAGAAGAGCAAACUGUAAACAUGUUAUUUACAAAUGUUAUAUUUCUUUGUAUAAUUUAUUUAGAAAGAUUAAUAUUUUCACUCUGAUUAUAAGAUUUAUCAUUUAAUCAUGGAUUUGUGAUUUAAAAAAAAUAAUAUAUAUGAUAUAUUCACUUCAUUCCAGUCAUUAAAAACUGACAUGUUAAAAUGGA